UGAAAUAUCAUCAUCGAUAGAGAAGGCAAGUGGACACAACAAACCAAACAGCACUGCUACAACAACGAUCAUAAUUUUGAAAGUCCACUUCCAUUCAUCCAUUGACGACGACGAUCAUCAUCGUCAUCGUGGUUAAAUAAUAAUCAACGAAAAAAGAAAUUUAACCAUCAAAAUUUGUUACCAUUGACGUCGACAGAAAACAAAAAUUUCAUUCUAACCAUUGUGAUCAAUAAAUUUGUGUAUCAAUCCCAUCAACAACAACAAAAUUAAUCAAAUAUGUUUCAACUAUUUGGUUCGUUGAAACAAUUUAUUAAACCACAAAGCUGUGUAAUCGAUAAUCACAUUUAUCGAUUACAUUAUAAAGCUACCGUUCUAAUAUUGGUUGCAUUCUCAUUGAUGGUAACAGCUCGACAAUAUUUUGGUGAUCCAAUCGACUGUAUCUCUCGUGACGAUAUUCCACCAAAUCUUCUCGAUACGUAUUGUUGGAUUCAUACGACAUUUUCCAUAGAGAAUGCAUGGAAAAAACGUGUCGGUGAAGAAGUGCCAUAUCCGGGUGUGGAUAAAACUACACCGAAUGAAAAACGUGUUUAUCAUGCCUACUAUCAAUGGGUCUGUUUUGUGCUUUUCUUCCAAGCGUUAGCCUUUUGUGUUCCUCGUUAUCUAUGGAAAGCGUUUGAAGGUGGUCUUGUUAAGAAUCUUAUGCUUGGUUUAGAUCGGCCUAUUCUUCCGGAUGAGGAUCGUAUGCGAAAUAUUGAUCUUGUUGCCUAUUACCUUUACCGUAAUAAAAAACUUCAUAAUACAUUAUUCCUCGUCCAUACAAUCACCGAAGUGCUCAACAUGUUCAACGUUAUUAUCCAGAUGAUGGUAAUGGAUCGAUUCUUGGGCGGCGAAUUCUCCAGUUAUGGCUGGGAGGUUCUUAACUUCACUGAAUGGGACUGGUCUGUUCGUUUUGAUCCAAUGAUAAAAGUGUUUCCACGAUUGACCAAAUGUACAUUCCAUCGUUAUGGCUCAUCUGGUGAUGUUCAACGACAUGAUGCUAUGUGCAUUUUACCAAUCAACAUUGUAAAUGAAAAAAUCUAUAUAUUCUUGUGGUUCUGGUUUUAUUUCAUGGCUAUCGCUAGCGCACUUGGUUUAGUGUAUCGUGCAUUGACCAUCUUAUAUCCAGGUAUCCGUUUGAUGGCUACACAUUCACAUUGCCGUAUUGCUGAAAUAAACUUGAUUCGUAAUGUUCUUAGCCGUGGACAAGUUGGCGAUUGGUUUCUUAUUGAUAUGAUUGCUAAAAAUAUUGAUCCAAUCAAUUUUCGCGAUCUAUUAAUUGAUCUGUCCAGUAAAUUAGAAAUGGAUAAAGAGGGUUAGAGAAGAUAAAAUUCCGAAUUCAAUAUCAAAUCGCCAACCAUACAUUCUUGCAUGACGAUCAAUUUCAAUAAUAUUAUUGUUGAACCACGAUAAAACGACCA